AUGUUAAUUGAUAAUACAAAUGAGAGUAUUAUUUGUUCAUUCAUAAAUACAACCUCUAAUGAUCCUGUAUCGGUCAAUAAUACAUAUACUCAGAAUAACGCUGAACAACCAAGUGAAAAUGUGCCCACUCUAAACGAUAUUAAACUUCUUGAGGAUGAUUUUCGGAGCGCAAUUUCUGAAUAUAAGUCUUACAACUACUCUAAAUCCUUCGAAACCUUUACAAAAGUUGCAGAAAAUUCAAUUUUGUAUAAGGACUCAAACCUCGAGAAAAAGUCAUUAAAAUAUUUAUGUAAACUUAGUGUAUUAAAUGGAGAUUAUGAAAAGGCUCUAUAUUACUUGGCUAAACUGGAUGUCAGUCCUAAAUCACUCAGUUUGUUUGCAAGAUGUUUAUUACUGAAGUAUGGAAAGACCAAAAACAAAAACUUGUUAUACACAUUAAAACAACUUUUAAAUUUAAUAUUAUCUAAAACACAAAAUGAAAAUAAGUUAAAUCAACAGAAAUGCUACAAAGAUAAUUUUAAUUUUGUAGUUAAAAAUAAUCUUUUGCUAUGCCAAGUGUUUUGGGAGCUGGAAGAGUAUGUAUCAUACUACAACUUGCUGGAUAGAGUUAACUUCUACAUUAAUAAGUCAAAGAAAACUAUUAAGAAUAAGAAUGUAAUUCUGUUCAACAAGAUUGCAAAUCUUUCCUUUCCAACUAAAUGUUACAAUUGUAUCGCUUUGCUUGAGAAUCAAUUGAAUGAAUCUGAUUGUUUUGUAAAAGAACUGAAAAAUAAAACUUUUGACAGUUUUCAUGAUGAGAAAAUUGAUUUGGUUUAUGAAAUAACCAUAAAUUUGUUAGAAGAAGACGUGGAAUUGAAGGUUAACCGAGGAUCAGUACGGGAUAUUUUACAACAAUUAUUAGAGUUUUAUGUAAAUCUUGAAAAAACAAAGUGUGACUGGAUAAAUAAAUACAUGUAUUUAAGUGUGGAUAUUAAUGAAAAUAAAAUUGUAAGAACAGAAACUGACACUACGCCUGAAGCAAAGAGAGUUCGACAAAGCAGACAAGGACAAAGAGAUGUAAAGAGAAGAGUAAUAGCAGUGGAAGGAGCAUCAGCAAAGUCAAUAUAUUUAAAAAACUACUGGACGUCUGUUUGUAAUUUUUUCUACCUUAACAACUUUAAUAAUGCACUAAAUUCAAUAAUUAGUUCACAUGUAGUGGCAAGGAAUGAAGAAGAACUAGAAGAAGAUGCAGUAGGAACAAUAUACCCAAGCGAUAUUGCAAGGUUCCUAAAAUACUCAGAAAGCCAAUAUAAUUUAGAUAUAAUGAUGAAUAUGGGAUUUAAAGGGAAAUCGAAUUUCUCAGAGAAAAGCAGUUUAUAUUUGUUUAUAAAUUUCUUUCAUAACUUGAAAACAAAUAGGCAAUCAGUAGUUUCAUUUUCAUUAAAGCUCCUUGAGUUUCUGCUAAAAAACCAACAAGUUGGAAGUAAUUACACAGAAUACCAACUCUUAAUAUCAUAUCUUUAUACAAAUGUAAACAAAACACUGGUAGAACUUGUUUAUGAUAGAAAUAAAGGUGGGAAACAUGAUGAUAAUAAAAACACUAAAGUUGCCCAAGAUGUACUUCAUAACACUUUGUUCAGAUACAACAAUUUUUUUACAAGUAGUAACUGUUAUGUCCAGAAGUUUAAAAGAAUAAAUGAAAGAUACUCAGGGAGAAUACUGUUUACACUGUAUAAAAAUCUAAAAUCAUUACAGAGUAAAAAUGACAGUAAUAGAAAUGGUUAUAGCAAAGAAAUUGAGGUGGUAAACUUGGCGUUUAACACCUGCUUGUUCCACACAUAUAAACUUUCAAAGAGGGACUUUUUAAAAAAGAUACACCUACUGUAUUUCCAUACUAAAAGGUUAUGGCCGAAAAGGCUGGAAAUAAACGAUUACAUAUGUAAAUUAAUAAAACAAUAUAGUUAUAUAAUGCAGUAUGAAACGAGAGAUUUGGGGUUAAAUUUCAGUUUUUGUGAAAGAAAAAAGAAAAUUAACACAAGAAAUGGGAAAAUAAAAGAAUACAUCAAUAAGCUUUUGAAUAGUAUGUCGAAUUUUUCAUUAAAUGAAACAAACUUGGAAGGCCAUCUGGAUAAAUUUGUAAAAAAGUUCUUUAUACUCCUGUCAAAACAUGUAGAUAUUGGAGCAGUGAACUGUAUAUAUUAUUACAACAAGGGAAUGGAUGAGGAAGAUGAUAAAAUGAGAGAAGUGGCAAUGAUACAUGACAAGUAUGUUAACAUGAAUUGUGAUAAACACUUCUUAAGUGAGUUACAGGAAUUCUUGGUUGAAAUCACAUGCCUGAUAUCGGUGAGUGAAACCCUCCCGAAAUGGACUAACAAACUCCUGCUUUUCCUAGGAGACAUCCUAUCUGUGAUAUCGUUCAGCCUCCAUAAAAACAUUACUAACAUACAAGUUAAUGAUAAGUUCAACAUACUAAAUAACGUAUCAUUCAGCCAUCAGUUCCUGAUAACACUGUCAUCAACGCUCCUAGUAAUAAUCAACAAGCUCUACUACUACAAGUGUACAUAUGUUAUUUCAACUGGAACAUGUUCAAAUGAACCUGGAACACUAGAGAUGAAUAAUAAAACGAAUGUUUUCAUUAAUUGUUUGAAGCAAGUGGAGUUGGUGGAUGGGUUCAGCCUAGUGUUGAGUGAUACAAUUUCAAGAAUAUACACCAACGUAGUGUUUAUAAUAUACUACUUGGUUAAUUACCUAAUGUCAGAUUAUAGUAACCAAGACUCAAAGAUAAUAUAUUACCUGUAUCUAACCUUUUCACAAACAACAGUUAUCAUUCUGUCAUCAUUCUUCGAUAUUAAACUGUAUACGACAGUAAAUAACUCUGAUGAGGAUAAGUUUGAAAGAUUUAACAAUAUGGUCAAAAUAGAAUUCCCAUGCUUUCUUGAAGUAUUGAAUGAAAAUGAAGAUUCUAUAAACUCAGAUUCCUCAACCCCUGGUGAACCUAUUGAUGACUCGGAUAUGUGUAAUGUUAUAAGCGGGAAUAUAAUGGACUACUAUUACACACUUAACAAUAUUUUGGAUUCCCUAUUACAAAUCGAGUCUUUGUUUAGAGAAAAUGACAUUAGUAUAGAAUCGAACCUUAUACCCAGUAAGCUUGAGAAUUAUCUAUUGGUGAGUUCUAACGGAAUGGAGUUUUCAGACUCACCCUCUAAUAUAAACCUUAACAUGUACACGACAAUAUUCAACAAGUUCACACACCUGUUUAAUUUUGAUGUUUUAAGUAAUUUUAAGAAGGACUUAGAAAUUGUAGAGAGUACUAAUCACUUGCUUAACGAUGAAUAUACGGCAAUAUUCACCAAAUUGUACCAAAAUAUCAUAAGAAAUAAUAGAUAUAGAGCAGAUUUCAAAUCAAAUGAAGAGAAGUUUAAAGACGCUUUAGUGAAUUUCAGAGAGAGAAGUUUGAUGUUUAACAAAGAUGUCACUCACUUGAUUUAUGAAAUGUUCAGCAAGUGCAUGACCAAUAUAGCUAGGGAAAUUUCGUCACCAGUAACGGGACUGAUGUUCAUAUAUUUCAAAAAGUUCGAGAUCUUUGAUAACACGCUUGACUCAUUCAAAGUCAUGUUCGACCAAAUCUCAAUUCCAAUAAGGGAUAAAACUCCGUUUUUUAAAUUAUAUACAAACCCACUAAUAAUUCACACCACUAAGACAUUAAAUGCCCUUAGCAAUAAAGGUAGUUUUGAAACAAUAAAUAGUACAGAAACCAAUUUUAGUAAGGAAAGCAGUGAAAAUCAUGUGAAUGAACAUGGUAAAGUGAACUUAGAGGGUUUAUCUGGUUCUUUAAUUAGUUAUACAAAUGUUGGAGAUGAAGCUGGAGCAGAAACCCUGAGUUUAAAUUUGGGAUUUGAAAGCAGUUUGGACUUAAAAUUACUAGAAUAUGUAAAUUAUACAAGAAAGAUCGAAAAUUUGUUAAAAUCAGAUAAUAUGUUUGAUUAUGGACAGGUAGAACAGUUAUAUUUAAGCACACCAGAAUAUGAUUUUAUGCAUACACACAAAAUGAUAUACAUUAAGAAGCUUAAAACAUAUACUAACAUCGAUAAUAUAAUCACAUUUGAUAUCGAAAGUUAUUCUCCAGAACAAUUACUUGAAAGGCUAGAAGUACUGAACAUGGCUAGCGUGGUAGUUCCAAGAAGCUAUGAUGUCUUAUUUCUGUCAAUCAUUGUAAAAUUCGAGCUCUUCUUGUCGAUUCUGGAUUCAAAGGCGUUUCACCCGAAGUACUCAUUUCACGAAACUAUGUCAUGCGCAAGUGUUAUUAAUUCCAAGCUUAUGAGUGCUAGUACUGCAAAAGUGUCCCACAUUUACAAGUUGGACCACCUGGAAAUGGUAAAGCAACUCUUAUACCUCCUGUAUCUGGCAACGGCUAGGUACUCGAAGUUGUUAAAUAACACAGCUAACUGCCUUGAUAAAAGACUUUUGUUCUAUAACGACCAUGACUGUAUCGAUUUUAAAAAGAGUGAUGUGGAAACACCAGGAACUUAUAGUUUUAAGCUUAACAAUAGGAUUGAUCUGUUCUAUUUUAUAAGGAUAACUUUGUUGCUAUAUUUAUUGAAAAGAGGUGAACUAAUACCCUCUGCACUUUUGUUCCAAGAUUACACAUUACUUCUUAAGAGAGUAAAUCCAGAUAUUAAUCUUAAUUUUUGUUCCAGUCCAUUUAAUAGUAUUGACCAUUUUGUUUCGUUUAUGCCAUGCGAGAAGAUCUACGAUAACACGCACUACUCCUACUUACUGUAUUUCCAAAUUAAGAUACUGGAAAGAAUAAUAAAGAACGUCCCCAUUACUAGUGAACUCUGGAUUUCAGUAUACUCCAAAAUACUCCUUAUUUACAAGAACUACCUAGAGAUAAUUGUACGUAACAAAUCGUUGGACAAGAGCGAUGUAGAAGAUGAAAAUUCGCAGAGUCAGGACUCAGAAGUCCCAAAUGCUCAUGUCGAUGAGAAUUCAAACCCAGACAUGACAAUGGAUCAGCUGAAUGAAGUAUUUGUGAAAUUAUAUGACUCUGAUGACAUGGAUGAUGAACUCAUAAUAUCAUACUACAAACUGCAAUGCGCAAGGCUUAGACUAUGUUACAUAAUGCCGAAGUUUUACUAUCUUGCAGCACCAUACUCGUUCUCGCCAGAGUACAAUUCACUGUUCAACGAAGGCAAAUUUAAGGAAAUUUUAGCCAUGUAUAGCUACUACAAGUGGGGAACGGAAGUGGAAAGUAAAUGUAAGCAGAACAACAUUGACCGGAAUAAAAUACUCGAGGAUAUAGCAAGGUUUUAUAACAAAAUCAAAAACAGGUACUAUAAUAUCCUUAAUUUUAUUUAUAUAUAA